AUGCCAACUCUUUCACUGAUCAAUUUCAACAUCGUCUGUGCGACACUUGGAGGAUUUAUCUCUCUAUUCGGAUUGGUGUCCUACCUAUGCAAGGAACAAUUUUAUCUCUCCGAAGCAUUGAUCUCCUUAUUAGCAGGCGUCUUAUUCUCACCACAUGCAGCCAAUUUCAUCCGACCAGAAGACUACGCUCUUCACUCCGAGUCCAAUCUUGAAGCCAUCACGCUAAACUUUACCCGUCUAGUUCUAGGCGUGCAACUUGUUCUAGCCGGUGUACAGCUUCCAAAACGCUAUCUCCAGCUAGAAUGGCGGAGUCUAUCUCUUCUUCUUGGGCCUGGAAUGGCUGCUAUGUGGCUUUGUAGCAGUUUACUGAUCUGGGCUAUGGUCCCGGAUUUAAAGUUCCUUCAUGCUCUUAUUAUCGCUGCUUGUGUUACCCCGACUGAUCCUGUCCUAUCCAAUUCCAUCGUCAAGGGCAAGUUUGCGGAUAAGCAUGUUCCACGACCGUUGCAACGUAUCAUUGUUGCCGAGUCGGGUGCGAAUGAUGGACUGGGGUACCCGUUUCUUUUCUUCGGAAUUUACCUUCUCAAGUACGUCGGACAUGGGGAAGAGGGGUACUCUGGCGGUGUGGGGAAAGCCAUGGGACUUUGGUUUUAUGAGACGUGGGUUUAUACGAUUCUUUUGAGUAUUCUCUAUGGGAUCGUUGUUGGUUGGUUAUCAAGGAAAUUGCUUCAUUGGGCUGAGGAGAAGCGAUAUGUUGAUCGGGAGAGUUUCCUGGUCUUUGCUAUCGCGCUUGCACUCUUCAUCCUUGGAACAUGUGGGCUUAUCGGUACAGAUGACCUUCUAGCAUGCUUCAUUGCUGGAAAUGUGUUUACGCAAGACGACUGGUUCCGUCUCGAAACUAUUGAUGACUCCCUCCAACCAACCAUCGACAUGCUCCUCAAUUUAUCCAUGUUCAUGUGGUUCGGCGCAGUUUGUCCAUGGAAGUCAUUCCUGGAUAACGACAUUAUACCGAUCUACCGACUCGUCUUCCUGGGUAUUUUGAUCCUCCUUGUGCGUCGGAUGCCGAUUAUCUUUGCUAUGCAUAGAUAUAUCCAUCAAAUUGAGCACCUAUCCCACGCUGCCUUCGUGGGCUUCUUCGGUCCUAUUGGCGUUGGUGCUAUUUUCUAUCUCUCUAUCUGCCGAGAAUUCCUGCUCAACAUCACUGUCGAUGGGGAAGUGCGUGAAGAUGCACAGAAACUAGCCGAUACUGCCUGGAUUGUGGUGUGGUUUCUGGUCAUCUGUAGUAUCGUCGUGCACGGAUUAUCAGUUCCAGUUGGUAAAGCUGGUUACGCUCUCCCACGCACCUUAUCAACCGUCAUGACGAACAGCACAGCCGAAACCAACGACGCAGUCUCAAUCGGUAACGUCCGGCACACACACAGUACAGCAACACCAAUUGAUAACGACAGCGCCAGCUUCCGGGCUCGUCGACGUAGACAAAACUCCUCGCCUACGCCGCCGUUGUUUCGACUUGGGCGUUCCAUCGUCCCGUCUCCUUCGUCUUCUACUCAGAGACAGCCUGGUGUUGGGCUCUCGGAUGAACCGGAGAGACCUGUUAACUUGAUUCUGCAUGAGUCUGGAAUGGGUGAGGAGGGGACUCAUUCGGCUUAG